AUGUUACAGGUUCCUGCUGAGGUGCAGCAACUGAAGACUGCUGAGGAGACCCAGGAGAAGACCAAGAAAACUAAGAACUUCUUGGAACAACUCGUUUCUGCAAUUUUUGAAGUAGUGAACACUCUGACAGGGGUGAAAAUCAGGAAUCUGCACAUCCUGGAUAUCACAUUCGAAGAGACUCCUGAUUGCAAAGGUGCUAUAGUGAAAAUCCCCAUCACUGCUGAAGUCAGCGUGAACCUGCCUGUGUUGGGUGAGAUUGUCGACUUGGCCCUCAACUCGGUCCUCCAGUAUAGUGUCAGCGUUGAAACUGAUGAAGAGACUGAAGUCUCCACCGUGGUCGUGGAAGAAUGCAGGAGAGAUCAACACAUCAUCUCUCUCAGCGUGCUGGGCAGGCGCAUUAGACUGUUCAAGGAGAUUUUGGACUUUGCAAUCAACCUCGUGAACAAGGUGUUGUCCCUGGUGUGCCCACGAGCCCGCAGUUUCCUUGAAAGCCUGGAUGUGGAUUAUGUUAAGAACCGCAUCGAUUGGUUCCCGGGGACGUGA